GCCUGGUUUAUAACCGAGGCAAGAACUCCAAGAAGCGCAGGUGAGUUGGAGAAGAGAAGCGGCAGCAGAAAUUUUAGAGGGGGAGGUGGUUGAGAGCGAGGUAGGAGAAAGCGAGAGGGAAGGGGGAAGGGCCAGUUCAUCUUUCCGCUGACGCAGAAGCGGUCGCCCGCGGCCGGGAUGGGUGACUCCGGCGGCUCCGUCGUGUCGGUCGACGUCGAGCGCAUCUCCUUCGGCGGGAAGGAACAUCAUAUACAAACAAAACAUGGGCCUGUAUCUGUUGCCGUGUAUGGUGACCAUGAUAAGCAUGCCCUUAUUACCUAUCCAGAUAUUGCUUUGAACCAUAUGUCUUGCUUCCAAGGACUGCUCUUCUGCCCCGAAGCUGCUUCACUGCUGCUCCAUAAUUUUUGCAUUUACCAUAUCAGCCCCCCUGGACACGAGUUAGGAGCCGCUCCAUUUUCACCAAAUAGUCCUGUGGCAUCUGUUGAUGAAUUGGCAGAUCAGGUUGCAGAAGUACUUGAUUUCUUUGGAUUGGGUUCUGUUAUGUGCUUAGGUGUCAGCGCUGGUGCAUACAUUCUUACUCUCUUCGCUGUAUGUGUUUCUUUGGAAGUCACAUAUUUUCUACUUCUCGCACCAUUAUAUAGCCAUCUACAUCCUUUCCUGCAGACGAAGUAUAGGGAAAGGGUACUAGGUCUUAUCCUCGUUUCACCUCUAUGCAAAACCCCCUCAUGGACUGAGUGGUUCUAUAAUAAGGUGAUGUCGAAUUUGUUGUAUUAUUACGGGAUGUGUGAUAUGGUGAAGGAUUGUUUGUUGCAGCGGUACUUUGGCAAGAAACUGCGAGGAGGCUCUGUUGUACCAGAAUCUGAUAUUAUGCAGGCGUGCAGAAGUUUUUUAGAUCAACGACAAAGCAUGAAUAUAUGGCGGUUUAUCCAAACAAUCAAUCAGAGACAUGACUUAACAGAAAGCCUGAAGCAGCUGCAAUGCAGAACUCUAAUAUUUGUUGGCGAGAACUCACAGUUCCACAAUGAAGCUGUUCACAUGGCUGCGAAACUUGAUAAGAGAUACAGUGCCCUCGUCGAGGUUCAAGAUUGUGGGUCGGUUGUGACAGAGGAGCAACCACACGCAAUGCUCAUACCAAUGGAGUACUUCCUCAUGGGCUAUGGCUUGUUCAGGCCGAGCCAUGUAAGCUCCAGCCCUCGCAGCCCUUUAAACCCAUUUUGUAUAUCGCCGGAGCUCCUCUCGCCUGAGAGCAUGGGGGUGAAGCUGAAGCCAAUCAAGACGCGAGCCAAUCUCGGAGUGUAGGCAUGGAAGAAAACAGUGGAAGUGCGAAGGCUUAUAGGCUAACCCGGUUAUCAGAUAUUGAUUGUAUCUGCCUUAAUUUUGGUUGUGAAAUGAGCCAGGUGUUGUUGUACCUGUGAUGUACAUAGAGAAAAGGUUAGGCUGGUGAGGUUCGGUGAGGGGGUUCUAUUCCAUUGAUUCGUAGUAUUAAACAGUUGUAAAUUGUCACAGAUUAUUUGUCAAAGCAAAAGGAAUAAUAAGGGAAGAUGACGAGCUGUUGUCAGAUUAGGUAUGCA